CCCAGAUAACCCACUGAAACCAAAUCGGAACUCCGGACUAUCCAUACUAAACCCCCAUCUUCUGAGCGAUACUGAUACUCUUGAAUAAUUCAGCCUCGGAUCGUAAUCGGAAUCGGAAUCGCAAUCGCCAUAGCGAUCUGCAGUGGGCUUUACGACCCCCGAAUGUGUCCCAGUUACACACUUAUGUGGGUGGGUGUGUGUGACUGUUCCAUAUCCGUAUAUAGAAUAGAGUCGGCCAACGCAUUAGCGCCGAUUGUGAGUCAGAGUUGGGGUUUCUGAUCGAUCCGCUCAACCUUUCGCCCUUUCUGGUUAAUUGGAAGUUCAGUUCAGCGGAGAAGAAGAUCUUUUCGCCGUCUACUUUCUAUCGUUAUUUCUGGGCAACAUUAACUCAAACAUUAACAAAUACACUUAACAACCUACGGCGUGUUUUUUGAAUGGGGAUGCAAAUUAAUAACCAAUAGCCAGGCAGCCAAUUUUGAUGUUAAUAAAAACUCGACCGACUCCGCAAAUGCGAGCGUCUUUAUUGUUUUGGGCGGAAAUAGAAUUCUGAAGGCCCGCGCAACUGAAAGCAAACAUUUUUCAAUGAUGACUGCCUAGUGCCUCGUUGAGUGAAAGUUUUAACGUUUUCAAAACGAUUCUCGUUGGAAAUCUGCUUGCUCUCAGCAAUCUAUAUAUUGGUUCUUACGAAUUAGCAUUGCAAAUGCGGAAUUUACAUUAGCUCUGGCUUAAUGCGACUAGGAAUUUUAUAUUUAUGGCUGUUGUGUGGUUUUUUGGCCAAAUAUCCAUAAGUAAUUGGCCAGAAUCGGCACAUUUGAAUUCAGGUUCAAAGCUAUUCGUUAUUCAUUAGGAAAUGGGUAUCGAAAACCUUAUCGCCAGGGAGUUAGUGCUCAUUUUGAUCUAGCCUCGACGCCGAUAUUUUCAACAGUCCAGAGAUAACCCGAAAAAAAUGGAGCCCAAAAAAACGAUAACCUGGUUUUUCGGCCUGCCAUCAGUGCGCUAUGCGCAGAUCUUUAUCGUGGUGGCGGGCGAUCUGCUGGCCCUGUCCAAUCUGUAUCCCAAGCACUCGAGCUAUAUUGCGCGUCCAUUCCUGCUCUGGCAGGAUCUCCAGGAGGAGGACGAACGUUCCAUGGACUCACCUCAGAAGUUCUAACGAAUAUAUAUUUUUUAACGUGCGUGGGAGACGUUUUAUUGCCCCCAACGAUUUUUGACCAGACCAACCUUGAGUUUCAAUGCCAAUGCCAGGCCCAUGACGUCACUUGUAUCUGGCUGUCUCUUGCUGCUUAAAUAUACUGAAUAUUUUGUACAUAUA